CGCAUCCGCUGCUGGGGCAGCAAACGCCAGUUCGGCCAGGCCCUGGCCCGCUGCUCCCGCCUCCUCCUGGGGCCCACACUCAACCUGACACCCGAGCGGGAGCAGCAGGUCCAGCGGAUGUUUGAAGCCGCUGUACAGGAAAAUAUUCUUGUGAAUGAAAUGCUAUGGCAAGAAUUGCCAGAAGAAGAGCUGGAACAUGGCAAUGACAUCAAGGUUUUAGAUGACGAGUUGGAUGAGUGUAUUAAAGAGACAGCUACAAAACGCAAGAAGUUUCCCAGGAAGAUCUGUGGGCAUGUUGCUAAGACAAUGAAAGCGGAAAGAGAAAAACUAAAGCUUCAACAGGCAGUAACAAUUCCCAAAAGGACGCUGCAGCUACACCUAGAGCAAGUAACAACGGAGACUGAAUUAAUGGAAAAUGCAUCAAUUGUUUCACAAGAAAUGAAUGACAUUAUGAAGGAAUACGAAGGACUGGAACAGGAAAACGCUACUCUAAAAAGGGAAAUAAGGAAACUUGGUGAAGAAGUGAAACAUUUGUCAGAAGCUUUGAAAGAUCAUGAACGAAUAUGCCCGCUGAUACAUUGCGCCAUGAACUUUGUCACAACACCGAGAUCUCACCCUGAUGUUACAGCCAGCUGCUUAUCACGUGGCGGACAAAGUGGAGUCUCAUAG